GUUAAAUCUCGCAGCGAGUAGGCUGCGUCUCUUGCUAGCUCUGCACGUGCAUGUUAAAAUAACUGCGCGUUGGAAAGAUGGCGAAGGCUAAAGAUAUUCCGUAUGCUGAACUUCGUGGUGCAAUCAGAAGCAUUAUGAGAACUGUCGAUCUGAGCAGCAUAUCGGCAAAGAAAAUUCGUACGCUUUGCGCGAAGAAAAUGAAAAUGAGUUUGGCUUGUCGGAGAAAAGAAAUGGAUGAAAUUAUAAUGACUUAUAUGGAAGAAGGAGACAGCAGUAGUGAAGAUAGUGAUUCUGAGGAAGGUGACCCAAGCAAAAAGGUCUGUAACACAAAGUCUGGUGCCUCUCAUAGUUCAGUGCAGUGCACUACUCCUAUUUCAGUGCAGUUCGCUACUCCUAGUUCAGUGCAGUCAGCUACUCCUAGUUCAGUGCAGUCGGCUACUCCUAGUUCAGUGCAGUCAGCUACAUCUAUCAGGAGGAUUGCUGUUGCCACUCCUCCAAAGAAACGAAUUUUGGAAGAGAAAAGACUGGCUGCCCAGGUUUUUGAAGCACCUGCUCCUGCCAAAGUGACCACACAUAGCAUACCUGGAGGGGGAGGGGGUGACACCAUAAAUUACCGCCCCAAGUGUCGCAGAUGCAUGGUGCCACCAAAAAAGAGGCCAAUUAAAAUGCCUGUGAAGACAAGUGAUCAAUCUCCAGUGAGAAAUGAACAACAGUCUCUGCAAGAAGAUGAGCUUUUUGCUAGACGAUUGCAAGCGGAGGAGUGGAAUUUCAGACAAAGAACUGUUAAGAAAUCGCUGAAGUCAAGAGCUCCUGCAAAACAACUUGAUCAAAAUGGAGAGCCCAAAAAGAGGAAAGCUGGUGCAUAUUCCAGGAACUGCAGAUUGUCGAGCAGCUUGACUGCCGUUCUGAAAGCCAACCAGAUGUCUCGCUAUGAUGUUGUUAAGAAAAUUUGGCAUAUUGUUCGUACACGAGGACUCUUUGAUCCAAACAACAAACAAUUUGCCAUUGUUGAUGAAGAACUAUACCGAGUAUUUGGGAGGCAUCGCAUUCGUCUGUUCGGAAUGAUGAAAUAUUUGAAGCACCAUAUCAAAGAUAUUUAAAUGCAUUGGAAUGCAUUUUUCAUAUGGAUUCAAGAGUAAAUUACAUAGCAGAACCCAAGUAUGGACUACUUUUGUUGCCAUUUAUUUGCAUAUUGCAUGAGCUUUAGUGACCAUUGAUCUAUAGGUCGCUGGGAAAUAUUCUUAUACUAACUGUACUACAGAUGUAUAAUGCUGUUAAAGGAUUGUCUUGUGUACUGCUAUGUAACAUUUCCAAGUUGACGGAGUCAUGGUUUGACUCAUCACCAUGUUUUCAAUCUCAUAUGUAAAUUUUUUCAAACACUUGUGCUUGAUAUUUUUGAUGUACUUUUUAAAAAGUAUUGAUGAAAUUACUGUAUACUUUUGUUCCUUUAAGUAUAUAGCUAUAUUUACUUGACAAUUUCAUUUUAUACGAAUAUAUUUAUGUAUACAUAUGUUUUGUGAGGUUUUUAAACUAGCAGAAUUUAUAUGAUAUUUUCCCUUUAAUUUUGUUUUAUGUUUGCAUCCUCUCCUGGAUGCAGUUUUACUUUUUGGUUUUAUUUGAAUUUUAUUCUCAAUUUUAGUGGAGCUUCGCAAGAAAUAUUUUUCAGAAUUUAUCUGAUAUCUUCCCUUUAAUUUUAAAUUUUAUGUUUGCAUCCUCUCCUUGGUGAAUUUUUAAUUUUUGGUUUCGCUG